CAGAGGCAGCCAGUCCAUAGAAGGGCAUUCUUGGCAGGGAGGAUGUUGACGCCAACCGGUUUCAGGAUGAGCUCCAAAGCUUGCCGGUGAUAGCGACUCUCCGGAGGUACCUACAAAGACGACACCUUCCUUCCUUCCUCUCAGCUCUCGCUUACCGGUAUCUGCCAUCGCUUUCCCUUUCUGAGCAUCAGCCACCCACACCACUCUGCAGCAACCAGCAUGCCGACGAAAAUCACCAAGACCAAAGCGGCCGUCAAGCCCAAGGUAUCGAAGACCGCGGCUGAAGCUGCCAUCAAAGCUGUCUCCGCCACUUCGCGCACCGGACUUCCCACGCCAGAUCCUCCCAAACGCGACGAGAAGCUCGAAGUGCAUGGAGCAUGUCACUGCGGCUCCAUCAAAUACCAAAUGACAAUCCCCCAACCCUCAACAGAAACUCCUUUCCAAGUCAACCGCUGCAACUGCAGCUUCUGCCAAAAACUCGGCAUGAGCAAUUACUACCUCAACGAACCCGCAACAAACUGGAAACUCCUCGAACCGAACAAUAAAUCCGAGCUCGCAAAGUAUCCGCCCAACGCCAAGAAUGGCAGCAAGUAUUUCUGUCGCGAUUGCGGGACUCAUGUUUAUCAAGAAGCUCGAUAUCCUAUGGGCGAUCAGAUGGUGGACUUGUUUACGGUGAAUGCUUUGACGAUUGAUCAGCCGCAGGAGGGAUUGGAUUUGAGUGAGACGAAGAUUAAGUAUGUGGAUAUGUUGCAUGAUAAUUUUAUGGCGGGGACGAGGGAUGUGCCGUGGCCGGGAGGAUUGCCUUGAUGGGGA